UGAUGAAGACUCUGGGGACCGCAAGUUGAAAGGGUAAUCCCGUAAACUCAAACAAGACACGUGCCAAGAAGCUUACGGUUUCAACCCUAUCACGUGUUCAGAGAGUAUGUCCCACUAACGUACUUGCCAUCAACCCCUAGUACUAGUAGGCCCAUACUCACUGGGUAGGCUGUGUUCAUAAGCGCGUGGAGUCCGCUUAAAAAGCAGGCGCGUGGAAACGAAACCUCUCUCCCCCACCACUUCAUCUUCUUCCUUUCCCUUCUCCUACAAAUAUACCCUCUCUCUCAUUCUCUUUCCCUCCUCUGAAACUGGGACCCUUUUACAUAUCUCAAACUCACUAUCAAAAAAAUCAUGAAACCUGCUUGCGUAGUCGACGAUGCUGAGUUCUGGCUUCCGCCGGAGUUUCUAACCGACGAUGAUUUCCUCGUGGAGAAGGAGAACAAAGAGUCUGUGUUCCCGUACGAGACGAGUCAUGGCUUCGCGUUGGACUCGAGUUACGGUGACGACGAAGAGAGUUUCUUAGCCGGAUUGAGCCGGAAAAUGUCUCAGUCAUCUCUUCGAGACGAUUUCUCCGGCGCCAAGGCGUGGGGUAUGACUCGUCCGACUCAGUCGACUCGUUGUGGUGGCGGUUACGGUUGUCAGACGCGAGUUUCUUCUUCUCAAUCGGCGGCGGCGUGGGAUAUAUACUGUGCCGCUGCAGAGGAGCUGGCGAUGAUGAGUCUGAACGGUUACAACAACCGUCAUAGUGGCAGAGGACUCGCCGCAGCUAAAAUCUCUAACGACGGCUCCGGCUUCUACAGCCGCCAAUCUCUUCAAUACCAGAAGCUUCAAGCUAUUCAACUAAAGCAGCUACAGUUGAUGAAAGAACACCGUCGCUAUUUGGCGCAGCAGAGUGUUGAUAGUCGCACUAAAAGUACUACUCCUGUUCAUGUUGAUUUGUCGCCAUCUGCUGCAUGGCCACAGAGGCGUGGUGUUUCUGGCAUGCGUGCUGUUUCCCUCGGUGGUGACCGUACCGGAACCGGCGUGUUCUUGCCUCGAAGCGUUGACCGAACUUCCCCUGUAACCGCCCAGACUCGCAACAAGCCCAGUCUUGGUACGGUUUUGGUUCCGGCUAGAGUGGCGCAUGUACUUGACCGAAACGAAUCUGUGGUCCACCAGACGCCAGUCCGAUCUUCAGCUAGUUUCAACGAUGGGUCGUGGAGACAGAGGAGUAACAAUGGUGGGUACUCGAGCCAGAUGAUGAUAGAGCAGACAGUUAACGAGCCUCGGUUACCUUCGGAUUGGGCUUACUGACCACUUGUGGGUGUUUUUAGGUAAAGGUUUAAAGUAAAGUGAAGGAGGAAUAAAGAUAAGAUUUUGAAGACUUGAUCGAAAAAAAAAAAAAAAAUUUGAAGACAGGGUGUAGUGAAGUAGCGGCAAAAUUAGGGUUAUAUAGAUAAAGGAAGGAGAAAAGACGAAGAAAAAAAUGUGGACAGUGACGAGGGUUUUGGAUCGUUUAACCACCAUUGAUGAUGACUAAUAGGAGAACAAAAGGAGCUUUGAGAGAGGAUAAGCUGUUUCUUAUUUUGUUUGUUUUUGGUCUUCUCUGGGAAAUUUAAUAAUAACAGUCUGUCACCGGGCUGUUUCUUUUCCCCUUCCUCUCUCCCUCUCUUUUGUUCUCACAGCUUCUUAAGCAAUGGAGAAAGUACUAGUAGAAAUAAGAGAGACUUACACAAUAAGACACUUUCGUCUUUCUUUUAUCAUUAUAAGACACAAGUUGCAUGAGACACACUUUUACAGAUUGCUAGGCAAUUUUCGGACGGUUUUAACCCUCAUAAAAGCAAAAGACAAGUUAAGUUUUGUGGUCUGGUUAAAGUUACUAGUGGUCUGGUUAGAGUCACAGACUAAUAUUUUUUUUGUUAGAAAACUAACGAAAAUUGGUUUAUAAAUUUGUGGAUUUUUUUCUGACCAUUUGAGUGAAAAGACAAAACAAGAUCUAACUCUUCUAGUUCUUUUUUUUUUGUAAUUAUCUCUUAUUACAAUAUGUAAAAUCCAUAUAAUAUAUAUAAUAAAUUGUAAUUUUUUUUCUUCUA